CCUCGGCAGUCGGUUUUACACCGCAAGACGGUCAUCACGUCUCAUCAUAGCUUUAAAAAAAUCUCGCUAAAUAAGGUUAGGCUGCUUUGUAUUUUUUUCAUUGUGCUGGUGAAUUUGGACUGUACUAAAUUGUUAUAACAGAAGCUUGUAUUUUUUCUGUAGAGUAAAUCCUGACAAUGGUGGAAGUAAAGGUGCAGCAAGGAUGGUUGUCAGGAGAAAGGUUGGAGACAGUCACGGGAGAUGGAAAGUAUUAUAGCUUCAAAGGCAUCCCUUAUGCUCAGCCACCGUUGGGGAAACUGAGAUUUAAGGCCCCGCAACCGCCUUUGCCUUGGGAAGGAAUAAGAGAUGCUACAGCACAUGGUCCUAAAUGCCCACAGAAGGACAUAUUCACAGAUACAUUUUUAUCAGGAAAUGAAGAUUGUUUGUACCUAAAUGUGUACAGCCCAGAUAUCAUGCCAAAUACGCCAUUGCCAGUCAUGGUAUUCAUCCACGGAGGAGGUUACAAAAGUGGGUCUGGUAAUGAUGACCAUUACGGUCCGGACUUUCUCAUGCCCCACGGUGUGGUCCUUGUUACCUUAAACUACAGGUUAGAUGCACUAGGUUUCUUAUGCUUAGACACUGAAGAAGUACCCGGGAAUGCAGGAUUGAAAGAUCAAGUUGCUGCGUUGCGUUGGGUUAGAGAUAACAUUGCCAGCUUUGGCGGAGAUCCUAAGAACGUCACCGUGUUUGGUGAAAGUGCUGGUGGAGCGUCUACAUGUCUGCAUAUUCUCUCUCCUAUGUCUAAAGGUCUCUUUCAGAGAGCUAUACCAAUGAGCGGCGCACCUCUAUGUGAUUGGUCUUUGGCUUUUAUGCCACAGAAACGUGCAUUCGCACUUGGCAAAAUCUUAGGCCUCGAUACAAAUGACCCUGAUAAGCUCCUAGAAUUUCUGCAAAGUGUUCCUGUGGAAAAACUUAUAGACACAAGCCCUACUGUAAUGUCUUUUGAAGAGUACAGCAACAACAUAUUAAAGCUGUAUCAUUUUACACCGGUUGUAGAAAAAGACUUUGGACAAGAACAUUUCCUGACAGAGGAACCACUAGAAGCUAUGAAAAAUAAGAGAAUUAACGACGUCGAUGUACUUAUCGGUCACACAAGUGAAGAGACCACGAUUGGUAUCGCUAAGUUUGAACAAUUUUUCCUGCAACAAUACAAUCGAUACCCAGAGCUGGUAGUUCCAAGGAAGAUCCUAAUGAAAUGCAACCCGGAAACCGUUCUAGAAAUAUCGAAGAGGAUACACGAUUAUUAUUUUAAAGGGAAGCUUAUUAAUAAAGACUGUAUGAGAGAGUUUGUAUCUUACGCGAAUUAUGCUUGCUUCAUUUACGAUAUUUAUAGAUUCCUUACGCAUCUACCAAAGGUUGGUGCUGGACGGAGAUACAUGUAUAAAUUCUCUUGUGUGUCUGGUAGAAAUGUGUACGGGAGUCAGGGUCUGAAGUAUGGAAUCAAAGGAGCUGCCCAUUUGGAUGACCUCAUGUAUUUACUGAAUGCCAACGUACACAAUGUGGAAGUGAAACAAAAUACUAAGGAAUAUGAAUUGAUUCAACUGGCGUGCACGGUAUUUACAAACUUCGCUAAACACGGAACUCCGACUCCGGAUUCGUCUCUUGGUAUAAUCUGGCCUGAAUAUGACAACUCUAGCAAAGCCUAUGUGGCAAUAGAAGAUACUUUAAUUCCGAAAACAGUGGAAAAUGAAGAUCUGGAUUUCUGGAAGAGUAACUUCGAAUACUCUGAUGGAGAGGUAGAUGCCAUUGCGAUGGUGCAAGUGAGAGUAUCGGAAGGUCUGCUGGAAGGUGAGGUGGUGCACAAUGAGUAUGGAGGCACCUUCUGCAGCUUCAAGGGUAUACCGUACGCGCAGCCGCCGAUAGGAGACCUGCGGUUCAAGGCACCACAGCCAAGCCAACCAUGGCAAGGCUUGCGUCAAGCAAAGGAAUUUGGCCCAGUUUGCUACCAAUGUAACUCAUCUUUUACUAACCUGACAAACAUGAGUGAAGACUGCCUUUAUCUAAACGUUUACACACCAGACGUUAAAAGCAAGAACCUUCCGGUCAUGGUCUGGAUACACGGAGGAGGGUUUAUCUGGGGUAGUGGAAAUGACGACUGGUAUGGCCCAGAAUUUCUCAUCAGACAUGGCAUAAUUCUCGUCACAUUCAACUACAGGCUGGAAGCACUUGGGUUCUUAUGCCUUGAUACAAAAGAAGUACCUGGUAAUGCUGGAAUGAAGGAUCAAGUAGCGGCUCUUAGAUGGGUGAAGAAUAAUAUUGCUAGCUUCGGUGGUAAGCCUGAUGAUGUUACUAUUUUUGGUGAAAGCGCUGGUGCGGGAAGUGUGGCAUAUCACUUGAUAUCUCCGAUGUCUAAAGGACUAUUUAAACGAGCGAUUGUUCAGAGUGGAUCGGCCACAUGUUUCUGGUCACUAGCUUUCGAACCCAGAGAAAAAGCCCUGCUCCUUGCAAAACAAUUAGGACUAGAAUCCGAAGAUGAUAAGGAAUUAUAUGAAUUCUUUAAACAGCAACCUUUAGAAAAGCUUGUUGAUUUAAAAUUGCAAGUCACGCUAUCACAAAAGUCUUACGAAAUCCAUUUUGGUGUGGCAGAUGAAAAAGAUUUUGGUAACGAGAGAUUCUUUUAUGGAAAUGUUGUUGACGCUGUACGUAACAGAACUCAUAAAGGAGUGGAGAUCAUGACUGGGUACACCAAGGACGAAGGUUUGAUGGGAGUAGCUACUGGUGGUCCGUUAGAAUAUAUACUCGCUAAAGCUAAGCUUUCCCGCGAAUUCUUUACCCCUAAACUUAUACAAACUCACUGUGCGAUUGCCGAUCAAUUAAAAGCUGCGAGAAAGAUAAAAAAAAUCUAUUUUGAAAACGAACCUGCAUCGAUGAAAAAUGUAGAUAAAGUGAUCAAGUUUAUAAGUACCGAUAUGUUUGUUCAUGGAAUAAUGUUAUCCGCUAAGCUUCAGUCGUUGAAACACAAGGUGUAUUUAUACAAGUUUAAUUGUAUAUCGGAAAGAAAUCAGUUCAGCGAGAUAUUUUUCGUCGAUCAUCUUACGAAAGAUAAGGCGGUGGUAUGUCACUGCGAUGAUUUGACAUAUCUGUUUCCGAUAAAACUUUUUACAGACAAAGUUGAUAAAAACUCGGAAUGUUUCAAAUUGAUCGACAGGGUCACUAAGCUUUGGACCAAUUUCGCCAAAUACGGGGACCCUACCCCGGAUGCUAGCCUCGGGGUACAAUGGAAGCCAUACACCUUAGAAGGACAAGAUUACUUGGACAUCGGUAACGUAUUGGUUGCUGGCAAAUCACCAGAUAAGGAAGAAAACGAUAUGUGGGAGGAAGUGUUUCAGGAAUAUUUGCCUAGCUUUACUGUUGGCGUAUAAUUCAUAACGAGAAUUCGACAACCUAGAUUUAAUUAUAACAUAUAGGGAUAGCUUCACUUACAACCUUUACUAACAUUUAUCUACUCUUCACCGUCACUUCAAAACAUUUUUCCUUGUAUUUAGGUACAUAACUGUUAAGGUGGUGAAAGUAAGAGCUUAAGGACAAUAAAAAUACUUUCCGAGUAUUUUUCUGUUGACAAAAACAGCAUGAAAAGUUACCCGAAUUAUAUUUCCCCUCCAUCAUUUUCCUGUUCUUACAAAAGUUUCCGUGUAAACAUAACAUCAUUUAUUACUAAGCAUAUUUACUAGUGUGUUAGAAGUUAGUUAAUGUCUGUAUUCAUAGCGACACAAAAUAUAACUUGUGACGUCACUAAAGUGGGUUUUUGUUCGUAAAAUAGAGCGUCACUUGCUCCGAGUUUAAUGGCGCACACUUUCCGUAGAUAACUGAGAACUAAAACUUGACUAUACGGAACUGCAUUGUUUUAUGUAUAUUUAGAGUACCCUAGUGUAUCCACACAAUGUUUUUGUCAACUGUUUAGUCCUGCAGCCUAAAUAGUGGGAGGACAAUUGACCCAAUGGUUGGCAAAAAAAUAUUUUUAAGAUAAAAUUGAUUCCGAUCAAAGUUUUCAGUCGGACUGAUACCGGCGAGAAACUAGGUUUUUGUAAUGUGCGUAAGUACUGCCUUUCAUCUUCAUAUUAUCAAGCGCGCGAUUAAACUAUUGGCCGACUAAAAGUCUGCAGUGUACGGAUACUCUAAAUAU